GUCUGCACGGGCAGAGCAGACGCCGGGGGAGGGAAUCUCUCCAUGCAACACCAUGACAGGCAUCGCCGCCGCCUCCUUCUUCUCCAAUACCUGCAGAUUCGGGGGCUGCGGGCUGCACUUCCCCACCCUGGCCGAGCUCAUCGAGCACAUCGAGGACAACCACAUCGAUACAGACCCACGUGUGUUAGAAAAACAAGAAUUACAGCAACCAACAUAUGUUGCACUCAGUUAUAUUAAUAGAUUUAUGACCGACGCAGCCCGACGUGAGCAGGAAUCCUUAAAGAAGAAAAUUCAGCCGAAGCUCUCGCUGACGCUGUCCAGCUCAGUGUCUCGUGGGAAUGUAUCUACUCCUCCCCGCCACAGCAGUGGCAGCCUUACUCCUCCAGUGACCCCUCCCAUCACCCCGUCCUCCUCUUUUCGCAGCAGCACCCCAACAGGGAGCGAAUACGACGAGGAGGAAGUGGACUAUGAAGAAUCGGACAGCGACGAGUCCUGGACCACCGAAAGCGCAAUCAGCUCAGAAGCCAUCCUCAGCUCCAUGUGCAUGAAUGGCGGGGAUGAGAAGCCCUUUGCCUGUCCAGUUCCAGGAUGUAAGAAAAGAUACAAGAAUGUGAAUGGCAUAAAGUACCACGCCAAAAAUGGCCACAGAACACAGAUCCGUGUCCGCAAGCCAUUCAAGUGCCGCUGCGGGAAGAGUUACAAGACCGCUCAGGGCCUGAGGCACCACACAAUCAAUUUCCACCCCCCAGUGUCAGCGGAGAUCAUCAGGAAGAUGCAGCAGUGAAAAUGCCGGUCUGAACUGUGCCAAGAAACCCUCACCAGCAGUUGCUGAUUUUGGAAACAGCCACCUUCUUUUCAGGGGGCGCUUUCACCAACCCGCCGGAGAAAAUGAAAUGCAUGCUUUCACGUUUCUGUCAUUUUGGAAUGAUGUAUCUUUGUAGAGUUAAUGAUUUUUGUACAUUUGCACAUGUAAUCACCAUACCCAUUUUCAUUACUUCGAUAUAAGGUGCUAAACAGGGAAGCCGAGAUUCUUCAGAACGCGUUCCCUCCGGCAAAGCGAGGGCUAAGGAUGCGUUGCAGACGAUUUAGGUGUCUUACAGUGUUAUU